AGCGGAAAAACUAUUUUCUUUACGAAACAGUAAAAAUAACUUUAUAUGUAUGUAUGUAUGUAUGUAUGUAUGUAUGUAUGUAUGUAUGUAUAAGAUCAAUAAUUUGCUGAGAACAGUUCCACCAAACAAAGGUAUCCAGCAACUGGCCAAAUUUGAUUCAAACCUACGGGUUUCAUUGCCUGUUCGUCAAGGGGGACUUAGUCUCUAGGCCUACGAGAGGCGGUGAGAAUGUCCUCUUCUGCAUUCAUUGGCAGCUGUAACUCCGUUCGGUCAUUAUGUUCUCGUCUUCUACCAACUACGCCACUUCUGGAGGAGUCAGUGCUCAAUAGUAAUUAUUCGUCGCCUGACUAUAGUACUUUUCCUGGAGAGUCUGCUGCUAGGGAUCAUAUUCGAAAUCUUGUGCCUGACUCGCUUGACACCAUUGAUCUUACCUCGAGUAGUCAACGUGACCUACAACGUCUCCUGGACACCAAGCUUUCAACAACAAUCCUAGAGAAAGCAAGUUUGAGAGAUCGUGCUCGACUAAACACGAUAUCUGCUCCUCACGCUGGAGCAUGGCUAAGGGCAAUACCCAACCCCAAUCUCAGCCUUGCCAUGCCCCAGAGGGAGUUCAUAAUCGCUGUUCGCACAUGGUUGGGGAUACCUUUCUUCCCACCUCCUCCAAGCUCAAAGCGUUGUUUUUGUGGACAGGUUCUAGACAGUUAUGGGGACCAUCUACUGGGUUGCGGAGAGGGAAACUGGAGAAAUAGACGACACAACGCUCUUGCUGACGUAGUAUUUGAAGCACUAUUAUCUGAUAAUGCCAAUUGUCGUCUGAACAACGGCUUUGUGGUGACUCGAAUGCAAGACCAGGAGAUGUAUACCAUGCAGAUUUUGAGAGAGGGCGACCGACUUACUUUGACAUCACAAUAAGAAAUUCUCUCCAACCAACAUAUAUGGUAAAGGCAGCUUGUCAAGCAGGGGUUGCGGCAGAAGCUGGAGAAAGACAGCUCAUCUAAAGACAUCGUUAGUGAGAAUGGAGGUGUGUUUAUCUACUAGUUGUUGAAAGUCUGGGCUUGUGGUCGCCGUCUAGUCUCCAGAUUUUAAAAUCAAUCUGCAGAAGAACAACAUUCCACAGUCACCUCACAAUGAGCCAGGCCACGUCCUAUUUCCACCAACGGCUUUCUAUUAAACUCUGGUUGUAUAAUGCAAAGAUAAUUCUAGAGAGAUUGUGUGUAGAUUGCUCUGAUGACGUUCUAGACUUUUUGUAGAAUGGGGGGUUUGGGUUGGUUUUGGGUUAGUUUUUAAAAAGAUAAU